AUGUUCAAUCAAUAUAUUCAAAGGUUAGGCCGUAAUGUCGGUCUUGAAGCGCCACUAACCCCUUAUUGCAUCAGGAGGGGAAUAGCAAAUGUAGUUGACGACGUCGCAACUACAGCUGAAUGGAACCAGGUGCUAGGGCAUUCUCGGGCUGAUAUAUUUGAACGCUAUUAUAUGUCGCAGAAGGUGAAACGGGAUAUCCAGUCUGCAUAUCUUGGCUGCCCGGCGCGUGCUUCUGUCAUUCGUGCUGUUGGGAAGAUGAGUUUGACAUGA